AUGAUUUCCGCCAGAGUAGAGCUCGCGCCCGAGAUUUUUGCCGCACCAUGCCUCGUCAGCAUACCCUUGCUUCACCUCCCUUGCUUCACGCUCCCACCAGCGCUACCAGCAUACCCUUGCUUCACGCUCCCCCCAGCGCUACCCCAGAUAUCUCAACCUUCGCACCCCCGAUCCAUCUUCUCCCACCGUCACUCUCUGAAUCGCACCCCGAUCCACAACGCCGCCUUCCCGACUCCCACUAUGUCGUCGACACCUGCUUUCACCGCUUCGCUUCCUGUCACCUCGCGUCCCUUCCGCUCCGCCUCUCUCAUGUCGCAGAAGCCCAAAUCCGGCCCCACAAUGGUCGCCUCGCAGAGCCUGAAGACCACCGAGUCGCAGCGUAUUCUCGAGGAGGCGCGCCAUAUCAUGCCGGGUGGUGUCUCCUCCCCCGUGCGCGCCUUCAAAUCUGUGGGCGGCGGCGCCGUCGUCUUCGAUUCCGUCUCGGGCUCCAAGGCCGUCGACGUCGACGGCAAUGAGUACAUCGACUACAUCGGCUCCUGGGGCCCCGCCAUCGUCGGUGCCGCCCACCCCGAAGUCAACGCCGCCCUCACGGAGGCCCUCAAGAAGGGGACGUCGUUCGGCGCCCCGAGCGCCCUGGAGAAUCAGCUCGCGAAGAUGGUCAUCGAUGCCGUGCCCAGCGUGGAGAUGGUUCGAUUCGUCAACUCCGGCACGGAGGCAUGUAUGUCCGUUGUCAGGGUCAUGAGAGCGUUUACUGGCCGCGAAAAAAUUCUUAAGUUUGCCGGCUGCUAUCAUGGGCACGCUGACAUGUACCUCGUGCAGGCGGGAAGCGGCGUUCUUACACUUGGCCUGCCGGAUUCGCCGGGCGUGCCGAAGAGCUCCACGGAAACUACCCUUGUUGCUACCUAUAAUGAUUUGGAGAGCGUCAGGAAGCAAUUUGAGAACAACAAGGGCGAGAUUGCUGGCGUCAUUUUGGAGCCUGUGGUCGGAAACUCAGGGUUUAUUCCCCCCACGAAGGAGUUUUUGGCUGGCUUGCGCGAAAUCACAGAGAAGGAAGGCACUCUCUUGUGCUUCGACGAGGUCAUGACCGGUUUCAGAAUCGCUUACAGUGGCGCCCAGGGGUACUUUGGCAUUAAGCCGGAUAUUUCCACCUUCGGCAAGGUCAUCGGAGGCGGUUUACCUGUCGGCGCUUAUGGUGGACGAAAGGAUAUCAUGAGCAUGGUGGCUCCCGCAGGGCCUGUGUAUCAGGCUGGAACUUUGAGUGGCAACCCGCUUGCGAUGACAGCGGGCAUCAAGACUUUGGAGAUUCUCAGUAGACCGGGAAGUUAUGAAUACCUUGACCGCAUUACGGGCCGUUUGGUCGCUGGCCUGGUAGAGAUUGGAAAGGAAUGCGGGCAUGCCGUUUGUGGAGGUCACAUCAGCGGCAUGUUUGGGCUCUUUUUCUGUGAGGGGCCGGUGACAUGUUUCGAGGAUGUGGCUGACAAUUGCGACUUUGACAAGUUCGGGAGAUUCCACAGAGGUAUGUUGGAGAACGGUAUCUACCUGGCUCCAUCGCAGUAUGAGGCUGGUUUCACAGGCUUGCAGCACUCGGAGGAAGAUGUUGACAGGACGCUACGCGCCGCCCGCAAGGUCAUGCAGGGUCUUUAA